GAGAGAGAAAGAAAGAGGCAGACUGAGUGUACGCAGAUGACCGAGCGACUGUUACUGCCGGUAACUCAGGCACGCAGGAACCGCACCAUCAAUCUCAGAAGGGGGCUCGCACGUCGGUUCCCAACAACUACAUCAGAUCGACUGCGAACUUCACCCGUAUCCAGAUAAACUUUAGAAAAUGUUUUACUUUCAUUGUCCGCCUCAGCUGGAUGGGGAAUGCUGUAGGACAAAUACUAUAAACAGCGGCUCCUUCGGAGGCCACGCAGCCGGUGACUUCGAUGACGGAUUUCUUAGAAGGAAACAACGCAGAAAUAGGACUACGUUCACUUUACAACAGCUAGAAGCCCUCGAAGCGGUUUUCGCCCAAACGCAUUACCCCGACGUCUUCACGAGAGAAGAGCUGGCAAUGAAAAUCAACCUCACCGAAGCCCGUGUCCAGGUAUGGUUUCAAAACCGGAGGGCCAAAUGGAGGAAGACAGAGAGAGGAACGUCCGAGCAGGAAGGGGGCAAGGAACAGACGCGGGAAGGGACUUCUCCCGUGAGGAACCUCAAUUCUCCGUCACCCGCUGACCAGAGCCGUAACAAGAAGGAUCAACUAGAAAUCCAGCAAAGUCUGAACAGAACGGUCGGACCAGGUGGCCCAUUUUUCCCGUCCUGCCUGCCCGGGACCCUGCUCAACACGGCCACUUACGCCCAGGCCUUAUCCACAGUCGCGUCUCUAAAAGGAGGUCCCCUCUGCUCCUGCUGUGUUCCCGAUCCUAUGGGCCUGUCAUUUUUGCCCCCUUAUGGUUGUCAGAGCAACCGGACGGCCAGUGUGGCAGCGUUGCGCAUGAAGGCGAGGGAACACUCCGAGGCUGUGCUGCAGUCGGCUAACCUGCUAGGGGCGGGCCAAAGCGCAGGUGUGGGUCCGGCAGCAGGUGUGGCCGUGGGCGGGAGCAGAAGCAGCCCUGGGCCCAUCACCAGCAAAGCCCCAAGUCAGGAGAGCUCCCAAGAUAAACCGGCGCCCGGAGCCAAGGACCCACUUGAGAAGAAGUGCAGCUUGUGAGUGCCCCCUAGAGGGCGGCCGCUGUCAGAACACUGAUGCAAAUAGGCUCUCUGUACAAAAGACAUGAACGUUGCCCCUUUUGAGGGCUUUAUCUUGUCCAAAUACCAUAAUCUAUUCGUUUCUAGUAUUUACUGAUUUGUGGAGUAUUUGAUUGUGUUUGGGCAGUUUUUAGGGAGUGGGGGUGACUCAAGGACAAUUUUUUGUUACUUAUAUUAAAUAAACAGUGUUACUGAUAAGUAAAAAUAUAGGCCUACACCGUGUAUGACUGAAGACAAAAGAUUUGCACUGGAUGCCUGUAUUAAGUCUUGGGCAGCAUGCUCAGAGAAUUAGAAGUCACGAUCACCUCAAAACUACCCUGGUAUGCCGUUACUUCAGAAUCAAGUUGUAAAAUACCGAUGCUUAUAAAGUCAAAGAUUACAAAAUAUUCAUAUAAUUACAAUGCGCACGUGGAAAUAUCAUCUGCGGGAGGCUGCGUCAGGUCAUUUCCUUGUAUCCGUGCUUCGUAAGUAUACUUUAAAGUUGAAUGCAUACAACGAGCUAGCUGUGUAUAACAUGUUGUAUCAUCAUACGGUUACGUUUUUGUCUUGUUUUGACAUGUAUUUAAAACAAUUAAAGAAGUAGACAUUCA